AUGGGCACUGACAUGGGGGGGGUCCAUGCGGACGGGCUUAGACAUGCGUCGCCAUGCCCAUUUCCGCUCAUGCUGGAUCCAGAAGAAGAAGACAAGGGACGUGAGAGUGUAGAUUUACCACCUCUGAGAAGUAAUAGCGUUGAAGAUACUCGGUGCUACUGGGCCAUUUGUAAGUACAAAGACAGCAAAGACUCAUCACUCCUGUUCGUCUACCUGGACCCCCGUGCAUACAAGAAAAUCGGACAUUUAAUGUACCAAUCAUCUCUUAUGGAUUUUGUUCAGCCGAGUGAGCAGCCUCGCGUGCGUGAUCACUUGCGGACUAUCAUGCUGAGCCAAACGCUCUUUGGAAGUGUGAUGCAGUGCAGAUUUGUGUCUCUCUCAUCGAUGUAUGCGUAUCUUCGUGGAAUCAAUCCACCGGCUUACAAUACUACCGACAUCAUUGUAUCUUGGCUUAACGAGGAUCUUGCUCUAUGUUUCUUUCACGCUGUCGACGAUGCUACCUGUGCUUGUGGCUUGGACCCUGGGACAUUCAAUCGGGACGAAGUCUACCGUCUAUGGGAUGCACUCUCAGCCGCAAGUGAUCCGCAACCGAAGGGACCCCUCUCUAACGUAUUCCAAAUCUUGUCAACAGACUCGCCUCGCACCAUCCUCAUGAGCUGGCCACCUCCCGGCUUGUACAAUGCUCGCGACUUCGCCUCGCUCGUAGAAGGGGCAUCGUCUCCUGACGGCGCCACUUGCACGCAACGACUCCGCGCUUCGCAUGCACUGCACACUCAGUAUCACACAUUUACUGUUGCGAGUGUGCUUGUGCCAUGUGCCUCAGUGCUUCUUGCCUGCUUUCAAAUCACUGACGAGCAAGCUCUGCCGCCCGGGAGACGAGCCAAUGCAGCUCCAGACCAGCAAAGCAAGUUGCAGUUUGCGUCAGCUGUGAAUGCAUCGAAAAAGUGUUCAAGCUGCGGGAAAACCGAUAGCCCUGAAUGGCGUCGAGGACCAUCGGGCCAAAAAACUGUAAGUACUAAGCUCUUUGUUCUGUCAUCUUUAACACUUCAGCUCUGCAAUGCGUGUGGUCUUAGAUUUUCUCGCUCGCUGACGAGCCGACGACGCCGUGACAAUAAUGCAUCUCUGUCAAUCAAUCAAGAGACCGAUGAGCCCGCCAUGGUUCCUCGAAGUCGAGGAGCGGGCGGUGGAAGUCGCCCAGGCACGCAUCGACGAAAUCAUAGACGCGUGAAGAAAAGCAAAGGGCAAGACGAGACUCGUGUCGAUGAACUAUCGGAAUAUGAUCGCCGAUUGGCCCAUGUUCUUGCCUCGCUUCCAGAUGACCAGCUUGCUGUGGAUGGAUUCCACACACCGUUUGCGAACAAACUGCCCCCCAAAAUGCCUCCUCUCCAGUCUUUUGCCCCCUUGCAUUCGGCACCUGCAUCGCCUGGACCUCUUAUGUCUCCAACGACACGCAUCAUGUUCCAAUCGCCGCCGCCUCACUCGAGCAUGCCGUCACCGCAUGUGCCCCCUUGUUUGCCGCUCUCUGUAUCUCAUUCGUCUUAUCAAAACACUAACCCAACUCCUGAUGCUGCCGUCUCCAUGGACGUGCCCAUCAGCGCGUCUGUGCCCACAACACCCACAGCCCCAACAACGUCAUUCAGCCAAGCCUUUUCUGUUAUUCCGCACUCUGGAACAUCGCAACAUUCGCAUCUACCCCCGACUUCCACGGCGUCUCCUGUUCACAGAAGCUUUUCUCGAGCGCGUGCAUCCUCCGAUUCAACACCCCACCCCAUCCCGAACACGACGCCUAACAUAUCAAGUAUGUUUGUACCCAAGCAUGAAUUGGACACAUCAUCGCUACAUGCACCAACACCGUCAUUACCACUUUCUAGCAUGAUAAUCGCGCCCAAAUCUCCCAUGCAUUCAAACUUUCAACCCACGGAUUCCACCGCAGUAGCGACCUCAUUUUCUGAUGCAGUCACGACAACAGCGGCUGUAUCGUCUCUACAAAAUCAUCUUUCUCCACAGUGGUCCUCAGAAUCUACUGCCAAGGAUCAAAAUACCACUUUACUGGAUCUGGAGAAUCCAUCUUUGACCAAGCAAGUGCCUUUAUGUGAGUAUUGA